AGUCAGGACAGGAGCGAAGCCUAACGUCUUUGCCGUGCUAAAGAAGAUGAAGCAAAGGAAGACGCCUGAUCCUGAGACGGGGUCCGUGUGGGUUAACCCGCAAUCCGAGACCCAGUGCACGUCGUAUGUCUCCAAGUUCAAGCAGAAGUACGGCGAGGAGGCCAAUCCAGAGGCCGAGGACUUUGACCCUGAGGUCGCGGUGCUUGCGGGAGAAGGCUUGAAGCAUGGCCGCCUAUGGUUUGGUGACGGGUGCGUCGACCCAGCGAGGGUUCCCUCUCUCCGCCAGAUCCGUCGUGGUCGUAAGAGCGGCCAGCCUGAGGUAGAGCCCCGGCCACGGGCUUCGGAUCUAGCUGUCGAGCGGUUACGGGAGGAGAUGGCAGCGAAGGAGCAGGCGGCCCAGGAGCAAAGGGCGCAGAUGGAGCAGCAGAUUCUGCAGUACCAGCAGCAGCAGACACAGAUGAUGCAGCAGAUGCAACAGCAACAACAGAUGAUGCAGCAGCAGCAGGCACAGAUGAGCUGGCUGAUGAGCCAGACGGCUCUGUCUUCUCCACCGGGGAGUCUUCCUGCUCCUCCACCUUACUCCAUGCCGUGGAUGCCACCACCGCCCACUCAGACCCCGGGGACACCUAUCACCGUGAACAACAUGAACAUCAUCCGGAGCAUGAACCGCGGUGAGUCCUCUUGUGCCCAACCCGCUACUUGUACUUGUUCAAGUGUUCAAUAUGCAAAUGCAAAUGCAAAUGUUCAUUCCAUCAACCUUAUAGAUUAUAUGUCACAAGGAAAUGACGAUGAGGCCGGCGGAAGCGGAGGACAAGGUUGAUGGCAUGGUCUUCGUGCACUUUGUCGGAUUGUAUGCUUGUAAUGGAUUGUAAUAUUGGACAUUGCACUAUGGACUCUAUGUAACUUGUGUGGAUGGACUAUGGACUCUAUGUA